UUGAGCGUUUACGUCAUCAAAAUCAUAACAAACGAUUUUGAUAUAUUUCUGUUAAAUUUUUAGCAACAUGCUAUUACAUAUACGAGCUACAUAUUAACCAGGUAUACUGAUGUCGAAUUUACCUCGAAAUGCCGAUUCUUUGGAAACAAUCCUUCAUUUUCAAAACAGAGAUGUGCAAAGUCAAUGGUCGGUGGUAUGGUCGACCGCGCAUAUCCCGGGUAUGGACAAUGCGGCUGGCGGCGCGGCGCGGCGACCGGCGCUGGGCCGGCGGCGGCUGCGAGUCGGGGCACUCACGCUGGGCGCCUGUCUCGCCAUGCACUGCCGCAUCGCAGCCGCUGCGCUAGCGGGAGGAUUCUUUGUUUUCAUGUUCUUCCUGAUUCUGGCGGUGGCGCUGCUGGCCAAUCCGCUCCGCCACUUCGAGGUGUACCUCGGCCAGUGGAGUAUUAGCGGCCCCGGACGGGCUUUUCGUAUCAUACCGAUGUUGGAUGGCAUUGGUAUGGCGAUAUGCAUAAAUGCAAUUGUGAGGGCGAUCAUUUGCUGCACCAUAGCGGCCAUUGCAGCGAAGUAUGUUGUCCACGCCGCCAGCGACGACCGGCUGCCUUACACAUAUUGCAGAGAUUUUGAAUUAAAUCCAUACGAACCUAUUCUUAAAAAUCGGAGAGUUUUGCAUUAUAAGAUCAGACCUGAACCCGAAUUUUCGACAGUUGGUUUUCAUGAGCGAGCUUGGAGGAACUUUUCAUACAGAAGUAAGAGGAUAAGAAAAAGAAAAACAGAACCGGUACUGACGUGCAAAGAAACCUACAGCGAAGGCUAUCCGGCCGUGUCCACCUCACCAGCCUAUAACUUCUUCUACAUAGAAGUUCUUUCAUGGAGACCUGAUUAUAGCUACGAGCAAUUGAACACAUUUCUUGCACCCUAUAUCAUAUUUUGUUGGCUUGUUCUUUGGAUUGUGAUGGUUAUUGAGCAUUUCACAUUUAAAAGAAUGGUGUGGAACAACAUGCGCUUGUGGCUAAUAGCAGUACCUUGGACUUGGGUCUUACUGUUAGUAGUACUGGCAGUCACAAAAACGGUUUUCGGAAACAAGCCUUUUCGCAAAUAUUUUCGGACUGGUGCUAUGAAAACAAUUGUUGUUAUAAUAGAUGCUCUGGAAUGUGCUCUUUACAUACAUUCUGCGAGUACCGGCACUGAACUUAUACACGGCAAAGGAUUAAAUCAUUAUGCAUCUGGACACAUAGACACUCGGCUGAACAGCGAGAACGUGUGGCACUCGAGCCUGCUGCUGGUGCUGGCGGGGCUGCACACGGGGGCGGCGGCUCUGUGCGCGUUCGAUGACUGCUACCAUACGAACGCACAGGUCUCCAACAUGUAUGACAGUACCCUGUGGAUAUUACCUUUGUAUUCAAAAUGCACUCUUGUCGGUAGUUACACGCAUAUUUUGGCAGCCUUAGUCUUUGGUGGUUUAAUGUUUUCUUACAUGACGGUGGCAUUUGUAUUGUUGAAGACGGCCCUUCACACGAUCUUCGAAUAUAAAGUAAAAUUAGUAUUCAAAGAGCAAACCGUGGUGGCAUUCUUAAUGUUAUCGUGUAUGGCACUUAGUUUGAUCUUCGCAACUAAUGGUGGUCUCGGGUUGUUAGAGAGCGUAGACAUGGUGAUGUCAGAUGUUUCAAUGGCGUACGUGUGCCUGCUGGAGCUGGCGGGGCUGCUGUACGUGUACCGCGGACAGGACUUCAUCUCCGACAUGAACGUCGCUACCGAGGAGAACGCCUGCUCAACAAGGAUCGGCACGCAGUGGCAGAUUAUACCGAUCAUCACCCUGGUUAUGAUAAUAGUGAAGCUGACGCAGCUGAAGCACAGCGAGCUGCCGCGGCGCGCGCUGUACGCGGCGCUGGUGCCGCUGGCGGCGGUGGUGCUGGCGGUGCCGCUGCGCGCCUGCUACAACGCCUGCGUCUUCGUACGCGUCACGCUGCAGCGAACUAAAACUGAUAGUAAACUAUAAUAUUGCCUAAUUAUGUUGUUAAAUUAAUAAAAUGUAAAGACAGCAAAUGGAGUUUUAA